UCUAAAUGAGGAGAUUCUAUUGUAUCUGAAAUCAUAUUUUCUCCUUUCUUUCUAGGAUGUGAAUGGCAUUAUGGAAAGGUGUCAGAACAUCACGCUGAAGACACCAAAAACUUUACCUAAGAAACAAAGAAGAGUUUUUCAAGCUCCUGAUCUGAAAGGGAUACUGCAAGCAUUCACAGAGCUGAGAGAUGUGCAACGCUACUUGGUUGAUGUGAAACUGACUCCAAGCAAUGAUUCAAAUACGUUCAUUUCUCCAUAUCAGAGACAAAAGGCAUCUUCUCGGAUGCCAGUUGACUCUUACUGGAAUGGCAGUGAUUAUGAUUAUGACAUCCGAGGUUCCCCUGUGAUCACAUCAGGAAAACAUUACUGGGAAGUAGAUGUGUCCAACAAAAGAACCUGGAUCCUGGGGGUAUGUUAUAAAAGAAGAAAACAAGAUAUAAAUUAUCAACCUAAACAUGGCUACUGGGUUAUAGGGUUACAGAAUCGAGGUGAAUAUGUUGCUUUUGAGGACUCUUCCUCCUCUAAUCCUGUGGUGUUGACACUUUUCCUAACUUUUCCUCCCCGUGUUGUUGGGGUUUUCAUAGACUAUGAUGCUGGCACAGUCUCAUUUUUUAACCUCCCAAAUGGGUUUCUCAUCUAUGAAUUCUCUGUAUGUGACUUUCCUCAGCGUGUUUAUCCAUAUUUCAAUCCUAGGAAUUAUUAAGUCGCCAUGAUUCUGUGCUCUCUAAGCUUGUGAACUUCCUACAUCAACACCCACUUGCCGGGGGUGCAUCUCAUGCACCUGAGCUCAUCGGCACCAUUCCCCAUUUUCCUCAUUGCCUCCCUUCAUUCUCAUUGUACAAAUUGCCUUGUGCCACAUUCCUCACAAUAUUUCAUUUGCAUUUAGGAGAAAAAAUUUUUCAUCCUUUUCCAUACUCCCAAGAAAAAAUGACUGAUCCUUUAAAAAGAAACACCAGUAUGAGAUAACAUCUCUGCCAAAUCUUUACAACCCAGUUCCCUCUGACACUGACUAAGGAGAUAAAUGAACAUUUCUCAACCACUUUUUUUUUAUAUAUAUAUUAUUGAAGGGCAUGUGAAGGAGUCAUUCACUAAAGAAUGAGCCAUUAGCAUUGUGCCAGUUUGCUUAUGCCCAUUAUCAUUAAGGAGUUAAGGAGGAAAAAUCAUAAAUCACAUAUACGAAGAGUGGAAGUUUUGUGUGCAGAGUGUCUUAGUUGAGAUUCUGUGUACAUACUAGCAGUGCAGUUUUGAAUAACAUACUUAAAUGUCUGUUUUUAAUUUAUGAAAAUAAUUUUUGUAUAACAACUUCAAAUACUUUGGAUCAUUGUGAGAAAAUUAAUUUUUCAAGUAUAAAAAUAUUUAUUUAACUUCUCAACUUCUUAAGUAUUUGCUCUACUCAGCACUGAAAUAUAUAAGCUGUGUCAGUGUCCCAUGGAACAGGUUGUGCCUUCAGGGAAACCUAGACUGGCUUUACUGAAUUCUUGUUUUUUAUGUCCCAGACACGAGCACAGUUCUGCCAUGUGCGUUUGUGUGUGUGUGUGUAUCACACAUAUUUAGACUUUUACUCUAAUUGUGAUGUUGCUACAUACUGGCAUUUAAUAAGUAAAGUCAAUUCUAUGGGAUUCAGUUCAUCAUUUGUUUAAAAAAAGAAAAAAAUAUAUAUAUAUUAUAUAAAAUAAUGAAACUUAGCUGAUGUAGUCCUGUGAAAAUUAAACAGAAUGUUUCUAAGAGCAAGAGAAUGUUUCAAGUAACUUCUGUCACUUCUAGCACAGAAGGAACAAUCCAGUAUGGUGUUUGUUAAUAUUUGUUUCAUCUCUCUGUUACUGAAAUAAAUGAUUUUUAAGAUAACGCA